GGCUUAGACUCAUCAAAUACAUAGCCUCCUCUCUAGAGGCUAUAGGUAGUAAGGGAUAGAACAUCCACACAUCUUCAAAAAAUACAUCAUAAUAAAGUCAGCCAUGUUUACACUGUAUUAGUAACACUAGUCCAGUAACUUGCACUACGAUAUGAUGGGGUCUACAAUCAGAAGAGGUACCUUGAUAGUACUGGAAGGCUGCGAUCGCAGUGGCAAGUCCACACAGGCGCGCAUGCUAGUGGACAGUCUAACGCAGGAGGGCCAUCCCUCUAAGCUCAUGCGCUUUCCUGAUCGCACCACCACACUUGGUAAAACAAUCAACGACUACCUCACCAGUGCUGUGGAGAUGAGUGACCAGGCCAUCCACUUACUGUUCUCUGCUAACAGAUGGGAGGCUAUGAAGCAAAUGGAAGCAGAUCUUAAUGCGGGGACGACGCUGGUAGUGGACCGCUACGCCUUCUCUGGUGUUGCGUUUACCGCCGCAAAGGGAUUGGACCUGCAAUGGUGCAAAAACCCUGAUACUGGGCUGUAUGCACCAGAUGUAACGAUAUACAUGGAUCUCCCAGUGGAUGAGGCCAUGCGAAGAGGUGGCUUUGGUGAGGAACGAUAUGAGAAAGAGGACUUCCAGAACAAGGUGGGGCAAGUAUUUAUGCAACUCAGGACGCCAGAGUGGAAGAUUGUUGACGCAAGCCCAUCCAUCGACUCUGUGCACACCACACUUUUAGAUAUAGCGAAAACAACGAUAGACAGAGCAGCCAAAUCUCCACUGCAGAGGCUCCAGUGGUAAUCAAAAGUAAAUUAACUUAAAAACGUUCACCU